UGUCACUUCCUUUAGGAAUCCUUCUUCCUCAUAGGUCGUUAUACUGCAGCUGUGUUUGUAAACAGAGGUCUUGCGUAUGAAUGUUUUCUUGAAGCUUGCUUAGACAGUUACAGAUAUAGUAAUGGCAGAAAAAGAGGAGAAUGAGAUUAUUGAGCACCAUGUUAGUGAGGAAAUGGAAAAGAAAAGAUCCAGGACAAGAGAUUCUCAUUCAUUUCUGGAGAGUGCCACCAUCUCUGAGAAGGAGGGGCACAGCAGUACCCAGUCCUCACACCGGCUGCUAGCCUACAGCGAUGCACUCAUCUCCAUAAUAGCUACUAUUAUGAUUUUGCCUGUAGCACAUACAAAGAUAGAGCCAGACCAGGAACUACAAGAAAGUUUACAGCAGCUCCUGACAACAAAAAUUGCUGUGUACCUGAUGACCUUUUUAAUAGUCACUGUGGCUUGGGCUGCACAUAUCAGAUUAUUCCAAGUAAUUGAGCGAAUAGAUGACUUCCUAGCACUUCUUAACCUGGCAUGUAUGAUGCUAAUUACUUUCCUGCCAUAUACAUUCUCCUUGAUGGCUACAUUCCCAGAAGUUCCACUUGGAAUUCUGUUAUUCUGUGCUUGUGCAAUAGUUAUAGGUCUGAUUCAGGCUGUGAUUGUCAUAUACGGAUUUGGCCAUCCUUACCUAUUGAAUGACCACAUACAGAUAUCAGAAAACCAGACCUUCUACAAACGCCACAUAUUAAAGAUUAUUUUAAGAGUCCCUGCUUUCUGCUUUUUUGCAGGGAUCUUUUCUUUCAUAUUUUUCCCGCUGUCAUACGUUCUCCUUGCCCUGGUCAUCUUCCUUCCUUACAUAACCCAGUCCUUAAAAUGGUGUGGAAACAAGAUUGUUGGUCGUCAAGAGGAGCUUCCUGAGAGCAUGUUGCUCUACUCAUACCACCCAAGUGAGCCUCUCAGCAAAGAGCGGGUUGAAGCCUUUACAGAUGGGGUAUAUGCUAUUGUAGCCACACUUUUAAUUUUGGAUAUAUGCGAGGACAAUGUUCCUGAUCGUAACGAGGUGAAGGAGAAGUAUCAAGGCAGUCUGAUUGCAGCUCUCAGCGAGUUUGGCCCCGAGUUCCUGGCUUACUUUGGCUCUUUUGUGACUGUGGGGCUCCUCUGGUUUGUUCAUCAUUCACUGUUUUUGCACGUAACCAAGGCGACAAGGUUCAUGGGCCUACUCAAUACGUUUUCACUGGCGUGUGUCGGGGGCCUUCCUUUGGCCUAUCAGCUUACUCACGAGUUCACAAAAAACUCACGCAACGAACUGGAGGCCAUCCAGAUCAGCUGCGUCAUCAUCUUUUUCGCUGGCAUCUUCCAGCUCGCCAUUUGGGUCACUGCCCUCUUCAAUGAAAGGGAAACUCUGCAUCCAUACGUGAGGUACGGGGGCAGAGAACAUGCUUUCAUGUUUGCCAAGCUUGCCCUGUACCCCUCCGUCACGCUCACCACUUUCUUCCUCACUUGCAUUUUGAGUAAGUUCAGUGCCCAGAUUUUCCAUCUCAUGCAAAUCGUUGUGCCGUUUGCUUUCCUAGCCCUUCGUGUUCUUGUCAGCGUUGCCUUGUCACUUUUAAAGUUAGUGUUUCGUCCGGCCAAACCGAUGCACAAUGCAUUCGAGGAAGAUGAAAGUCGUUUGCCGUUCAAUGAUGUUGUGUCUUAGCCUAGAUUUUAAUAGACUUACAAGAAAAAAAAUCUGUUGGGUUGGUUGCCUUUAUUUUUCUCCUUUGUUUUGAAAUGGCUCUACCUUUUAUGGUAAUUGAAACCAUUAGUGCAAGUACUUCAAUAGUGACCAUAAAUAUUGCUUGAAGGAGUUUGAUACUAUGACUCAUGAAGCAUCAGUUCUAUCAUUUAGGUAAAAGUAAAAUAUUUCAUGAGACGAGAAUGGACAGGUUGUGAAACGCUGCAUUACCUUCGCCCCCCUCUAUUUUCUGUUGUGUCAGAGAGAGGCUUUUAACUGUCCCGUUCUUUGGGUUUAACAAAUAGACAUUAUGAAUGAACUCCAUUCUCAAGAAUGAAGUUCAUUCAUAUUAAGGUACAUAUAAAUGUUACUUUUGCUUUUAAAGAAAAGCCUACUGUAAUUAGCCCAUCCAGGAAAGCACAGUCACUUUAAGCUAAUGCAACUGAAACUCACCUAUAACUUACGUACAACUCACCUCAUCCAAAUAGUCUUUCCAAUACCUUUUUAUCUGUUUCAUUACACAAUUAAUUGCUAGCUGACAGAAAAGCUUACCUAAGUCAGUUUGCUCUAGUCUAGAGGAAAGUGCCAAGACCUGUUACUUGGAGCACAUUGCUUAAUUCGGGAGAUUUAUAGCAAUAAAUAGUGCCCACUUCAUUACACUGUAAGUUUAGAGCCAGUUCAACAGUAAAUGCUGCAGUAGGAUUUUAUCCAAUUAAAAAAAAUAUAUAUAAAAAAUAAUCUGGAAACAUUCUUCAUUUAUUUUGUUGAUGAUCGUUUUUAUAAAUGCUUUUAUUUUAAAUUCUAUGAUAAUUUGUAAGUGCAUUUUUAUAUUAUUGUGCUAAGCACAAAGAGUUUGUCAACUGCUAAUGGGCCUGCCAGUAGAAAACCGUCCAUAAAAUGGACUCUCGGUUGUUUAUAAUUCAUUGGAUUAUUAUCCUGAGAUCCCUUCCUGCUGAAUGUUGUUUUCCAUUCAUGUUCAAUAAGGGUUAAUGAUUUCUGUAACAUGUUUUAUGAUUGUAAUGUAUUUUUGUCAAUCAUCUUUUUUUUUUUUUUUUUUAUUGUUGCAUUAAAUGCGUAAUGCAGAUUUAUCCCAUUAGAUGGCACUGUUGUGUAAGCAUUCUGUUACAACUUGUUUAACCAGUAUAAUUAGGCUGUGUAUAGCAAGCAGAGGACUGGUUCCUGUUUUUCAGUUACUAUACCUAGUACCAGGCUUGCAGUGUCAUUGGCAGAACUAUGCAUGUAAAAAAAAUGUUUAACCUUGUAGACUGCUGGCGAGUACACUGACUGCCACCCUGCAGAGCUGACUGCCACCCUACAGAGCUAGUACACUGACUGCCACCCUACAGAGCUAGUACACUGACUGCCACCCUGCAGAGCUAGUACGCUGACUGCCACCCUACAGAGCUAGUACGCUGACUGCCACCCUACAGAGCUAGUACACUGACUGCCACCCUGCAGAGCUGACUGCCACCCUACAGAGCUAGUACACUGACUGCCACCCUGCAGAGCUAGUACACUGACUGCCACCCUGCAGAGCUAGUGCACUGACUGCCACCCUACAGAGAUAGUACACUGACUGCCACCCUACAGAGCUAGUACGCUGACUGCCACCCUGCAGAGCUAGUACGCUGACUGCCACCCUACAGAGCUAGUACGCUGACUGCCACCCUGCAGAGCUAGUACACUGACUGCCACCCUACAGAGCUAGUACGCUGACUGCCACCCUGCAGAGAUAGUACGCUGACUGCCACCCUGGAGAGCUAGUACACUGACUGCCACCCUACAGAGCUAGUACACUAACUGCCACCCUACAGAGCUAGUACACUGACUGCCACCCUGCAGAGCUAGUACAAUGACUGCCACCCUACAGAGCUAUCUCCCUCUGUCACGCAAAUUGAUCAGUGAGCCACUGACACUGGCCUGUAUUGCUGUUGGGUAUUUGAAGGCAUUUAGACCCUGGUAUCUACAUGCUGUUAUAAAUAUGAUACAGGAAGCCAACAUAAGUGCACCUUCCAGUUACCUGUACUAUUCAGCUCCUCUUUUUUAUAUGUAUAAAUAGUCCUGGUUCCAUUUUCAAAAUACCUCACUGGAUAGCAGCCAUUUAGGAAGUCAUGAUUGGGGAAGCCUAUGUCUUAUGUUAACUUUUGGGCUAAUAAAGCUUCUUAUUGUUGUUUUGCUUUCAUGUAUAAUUACAGUGAGUUGCUUUUUACAGUGGCUGACACACUUUCAUUCCAGGUUCCCAGUCAAUGUUUUAGCUGUCAGAAUGUCCUAGUGCUAGUUAAUAAAAUACUUUUUAUUAGCAUGUAAUUAUAUCUUUAUUGAUAUGAUGGUUGGCAGCAUUGACGUUCACAGGGCGCACUCCAAUACCUACACUGCAACUCUACUAUUUAUAGGCAAACUGUAUACAAGCUUGGGUAGUGAGCGGAACUGUGCUCGUAUAAAAACUGAGCUGUUCCAAAACCUGAAACUGCAAAAUGGAUGUUUCUAUUUUGUUUGUUUGUUUGGGUCUGAAUAAAACUGAAUAACUGCU